ACGCCGCCACCUUCGCCUGGGAACCGCGACCGCUCCAUGAAGAGGGGAUCAGAUUUGCUCAUCGCGACCUACCUUGGGGGUUCAUUUUGUGUUGUUGGGUUGGAUGGGGAGAAGUGUCGAGCACAUGGUGCUUGCAGUUUGGUUUGUUCGUGUUGACAAUUUCUCUGUGGGGCGUUGCAGGGAAGAUGGGGGUCGAGGAGAGGCAGGCGCAGAAGAGCUCCUAGGAGGAGCAUCCCAAGAACCUCAUCGUCGAUGCCAUGAUGCUGGACUCCCGCGCUGUCAAUCUCGACAAGGGGCCACCUGUCGCUCUGGACAAGGGGGCUGCCCUAAGAAUGAAAGCAUUAAGGUAUGCAGUUGGAUAUUGCAUUCAGAGAGGCUCAAGCGAUAGCUGCAAGUAGUUCUACCUUGUGCCCAGUUUUCUUGUUCUUUUAGCUUACACUAAUGGAAGUCAAAAUAUCGUGGGACAUCCAGCUGAGCGAGAAGAUAGUGUUGCAUCAAGUUCAGUUUUUUUUGUCAUCAAGUUGUAGGCUGUGUGGUACAUCCAGCUGAGUGAGAAGACAAUACUGCACCAAGCGAGAAGAUAGUCCUGCAACAAGUUCAGUAUUUUAUAUCGCAGCUCUUGCGAUCGGCUUCCUGCUGGUGACCUGCUACCUUCUCUUGCAGCUCGUGCCAUCGGCUUCCUCGACGGCGAACGCUCGUGACCGUAGGAACCAUAUUGUAGAAACAUUUGCGUGGUUGAACAAUAGAUUUCAAAGUGUUUUAUGAAAAUUAUAGAGAGCUAUUGGAGCAUUGUCUUUUUUGGAUUUAUUAUUUUUAAAGAGAUCCCAAUACCCUUGUUUUGGAAGCUAUAACUUUGUGAGUUGAUGGAGAUGCUUUUACUAA